GUCUUCUGAGGUCCACACGUGGUUGGUGUAAACCACGCACGCAGACGCAACCAGCGGCUCAGAAAUGGCGGCCGAUGUUGGGAGCGCUACGCUGCAGCUACCCUGCGUUUUUUCACCAAAAUCACGACAGUACUUAGCAUUGUGUGCCCAGGAUGGCAGACUUCGCAUUUGGAACACAGAUAGUAAAACACUUCAACAAGAAUAUGUGCCUUCAGCCCAUUUGAGUGCCACUUGUAUCUGCAUAGCAUGGGGACCAUGCCGGACAGUCAAGGAGGGGCCUCAGAGGAAGAAGAGGAAAUCAGAGGCAGGGCAGGUGGAGGAGAAGGCAGACCUGUUGGCGAUGGGCACAGCAGCGGGCAGUGUGCUCAUCUACAGUACAGCAAAGGGAGCACUGCACUGUACUCUGGAUGGAGGGCAUAGUGGAGGAGUGAAUUGUGUCCAGUGGCACCCUGAAGACAGUUUAUUAUACAGUGGCUCAGAUGAUACAAACAUUAUAGAGUGGGACCUGCAGACAGGAAAGGCACGAAGUAAGUGGAAGGCGGACCGUGCAGCUGUGACCAGUUUGUGUGUGAGCCCUGAUGGCAAACUGCUGCUCUCAGCUGGUCAGAUAAUCAAGAUGUGGGACUUGGACACCAAGGAGGUUUACAGGAAGUUUACAGGCCAUUCCACGGCUGUGACGACCCUGCGCUUUGCCACCACUCGACCUCCCGACAGCAAUGGUCUUUAUUUCCUAUCUGGUGCUGCACAUGAACGACUGCUCAGUGUUUGGCAAGUGCGAGAAGAUGGAAAGGACAAGAAUUCAGUGGUUUCCUUCACACUGACGGACGAGCCAAAACACAUUGACCUUGUUACAUCCAACAGCAAGGAAGAGGCGGUGAGACUGGCAGUGGUGUGUAAGGAUGGACAGCUGCAUCUCUUUGAACACUUUUUAAAUGGACCCUGUAAGAAGCCGUUUUCACCCUUGUGUACGGUGCAGAUGUCAGACACAAAGGACUCCCCAGCACCGAUCCCACUGCUGGCUGCUUCCCUUAGACCCGAUACACGGUCUGUGCUGCUGGCCUACGGCAACCACCUACAGCCUGUGAUGGAGAAAGUAGAGAUCAACACAACAGAGAGACAUGUCUGUUUGAGCCGGGAUGUUCAGACCAGCUUGUCCCUUUUCUUGGAGACCACCGUUUCCAAGGUCAAAACACCUAUUGUCAACGCCAAGAGCAGAGUCUUGGUCCCAGGGCUUCCUGGUCACCAAGCCCCCAUCAAGGGAACCUCGCAGGGAUCAGAGAAGAGGAAAAAAGACACAGACACCAAAGAGAUGUCAAUAGCGGAGCGACUAGGUGAAAUCGAUCUCUCUACAGUCUCCACCGAGAAGGGGGCUCCUAAAGGGAUGGCCUCUUUACAAACAGACAAUUUUGCCGUUCUGCUGGUGCAGGGCCUGGAGAGCAACGAUGCCAACAUCCUAAAUAAAGUUUUUCAGACUCGUAAAGAGAUGGUGAUAAAGAAAACGGUUGCUCGGUUACCCCUCCCUGCUGUUUUACCUUUGGUGGAAGAGAUCACAAAUAGACUUCAGGGGCACCCUUUUACGGCAGUUUUAAUGGUACGGUGGCUCAAGGCUGUGCUCAUGCACCACACAUCAUACCUGGCAUCGCUGCCUGACCUGGUUACCCAGCUGGGAGUACUUUAUCACAUGAUUGAGAGCAGAGUGAAGAUGUUCCACAAGCUAACAAAGCUGCAUGGAAAACUGUAUCUCUUAAUGACACAGGUGGCGACAAGUGACAGCAGCAACACAGUUACAGAUGUUGACCACACAGCUAAGCUGGUGUAUGAAGAAGAAUCAUCUGAAGAUGAGGCCUCUGGCGACGAAGGUCUUCCUGAUGAUGGUGACGACUCUGAUAACUGGGAAGAGGAGGAGGUGAUGGCAGAAGACAAGGAGGAACCAACAGACGAGGGAAAUGAUGACCCCGACAGCAGAACAGAUUCCAAAGCAAACGGAGAGGAGGACAUGGAGCAUGGAAAUGAGAGCGAAGAGGAGUGAGAGCGAAUGAAGAGAAAUGCAAAUCAUACAAAAAAUGGACCUGAAAGAGUUAUAUAUACUUUCAUUUUAUUUUCAUGCUUUUGAUUCUAUUUUAAAGUAUGAUUUUACAAAAUCAAGGGACACAUGAUGUUGAAAUGUGGGCAGCUUGGCCCCCUGCCUCGCAGUUCAGCCACAGGAGUGGUGAUGUCAUGCACCCUGUCUUUAUUUUCUUCCCCCUUUGAGGAACAGAUGCAGCAUUUUGAGGGAGUAAGAAAAAACAUUCUAUCCCUUCUGCUGUCAGUUCAGUCUGCAUCCCAGCUCUAUAUCUUGAUGAGCUUGCAUCAAAAAUGACUGAAAAUAUUAUUUGUUGGCGUUACAGUUUGCCUACACUGCAAUCUGCAUUCCAAAUUUUAUGUUAUGUAAUAAAUGGUAUUAGAGUAUAUUGUAUUACCAUCAGUAGAUGAGAUAGCACCCUGUCGGUGACUGGUUUAUUCUAAGACAACUCUGUAGGCCACCUGAAACACGCCUUGUUUAGUGGAGCCCGCAGCUGCAAACCCAGUGCAGGAGUGGAGUUGGGAUGCAGAGCCCCCCCCCCCCAUCGGCUCAUGGUUGUACAGAAUACCGCCCGAUCCAGAGGUAGGCUUGUCAGGCAAGACCAUGCAUCAUGUUCCCACACAAUGUAAAUCUGUAUGUACAGCGAAGUGUUUGUAUGAGCUCUUCCCUCUACAGCUAUUCCCCAGAAAUUCUUGGGAUUAAAUGAACUCCUGUAAAGUCUCCUGAAUGCUGUUUUUUUUUUUAAUUGUUUCCAGAUUUGUUUCAGCCCUCUUGUUUUAACGCUCUAAUUUUUGUGCGUUUAGUUUCUGGGAAUGCCCUGAUGUCCACUGCCUUGAACCCAUAGUCACAUGGCAACUGAGAAAAAGCAAAUGUGAAUAAAUAGGUUUU